CAUCCAUUUAUGACGAUAUUCCUUGUAGAAUGAGAACAGAAUCGACUAUCGUUUGGUCGUUCGUGAUCCUCUAAACCUUCCUCGACGUGAACAUAUUUCGAGCAAACGAUUUCUUAAAAGAGAAGAAAUAAAAAAUAAGGGUUAGUGUCAAAAUUGUUCUGAAGUCGCUAGAACGCGGUAAUCAGUGGGUCAAGUGAGUGAAUCUUUACGAAGAUCCUAUUUCGCGGGUAGAAAGUUUUUGAAGUUAGUGAAUAUUUAAAUGAAAGUCUGCGCCUUAUUAGAAUAAUGGCGAUAAAAAGAAUUUCAGUUUUGUUGUUUGAUAUUUUAAUUUGCAGCUUAUGGAUGAUGUUAACGGUAACUGGAAAUGAUGUAGAUUUGAACAAGCAUUUCGAACCUCCUUCUGAUUUUCCUUUCUUAACACCAGGGACUCACACAGAACCUUUAUCCCAGGGUUCAAUAACAAGUCCAAGAUCGUUAACAUCCAAGUAUAUAACGCCGGGGAAUACAGGCAGCGAUAUCUAUGAUCAAAUACAGCCAUCCAGGGAUCCAACCACGCCGCUUUCCAGGAGAUACGUGUACAAGAUUUUGAAUAAAAACCCUGUUCCAGAAACAUCUUCGACUCUUGCAACGACUCUGCAUGCUCCUCCGCCAUUUUACCAAAGUUUUUAAAGCCGGUUCAUAAACCUGACAAUGAACCAGCAUAAGUUAUCAGCAUUUGUGGUUUUCUGUGGUGCCUCCAGAUGGUGUCUGUGAUAUUUCAUUGAAACACUUAACAAAGCAUUUUAAGGUCCUAUUGUUUAUUUGUCAAAGGACAGAUUUAGAUAAUUACAAUCGGUCUUCAAUAAAAAAAAAUUAGCUUUAGUGGAGAAAUUAUCUAAAUCUAAGACAAGAAAUAAUUUUGGAGAUUGGUUUAGCUAUUAUAAAUUGCAUUUCAGCCAUUCUAGCCAAGAAUCUCAGCUGGCAGACUGCCAAGAAUGUCGGGCUAACAUCACGAACUAAUUGGAAUUCAAUUCAAUUCAAAGCUUGUAAGUUGCUUUGAUAUAGUUUAAAACUGUUACUAAUGCCAGUUGUGUUAAUCAUAAAAUGCCACGUGUGUUAAACGCAACACGCGUCGGAUUCCAUGAUUUUUAAGCUCCCUCCUGAAAUAUUUGCUUCUAAAAACUAAAUUAUAUUUGAGGGGUAAACCCGAAGAUUUCCAUUCAAUGUAUAUUCGCUUUCUUUGCCUCCUGUCUCCCCAUUGUAAAGCCACUGCAUUCAGUAAACAACUUCGAUCCAAAGAACAAUUCUUUGUUCUUUAAUCUUUUAGGAAUGUUCUGAGUUUUUAGUCUUCAGCCAUGC